CAAUUACAAUUUUGACUAUUUUAGGUCCACCCAGUUCAUAGUCAACAUUCAAACAAGUCCAUCUACUUCUCUUCUCUCUCUCUGAAACUCUCCCUCUCUUUCUUCACCUCAACCCCAUCAGUUACUCCCAGAGAACACCCCUCACAGUGACAGUGACACAAUAAUCGCCCAAACAAGAAACAAAACAUCAUCAUUAACAAUAGAAACAUAGUACUACUACAAUGCUGCAAUGUCUCUCCUUCAACUCAUCAACACCUUCACCACGCAAUCCUCCUCUUCCUCUACCUCCACAUUCACAAGAAGAAGAACAAACUCCAACACCUUCUACAAGCCCCAAUGUCUCUCGCGAAUACGAUCUCGCAGUUCAAGCUCCUUCCUUCAACGAAAUCCGCACCAUGAUUCAAACCCCUCAUCAAUCACACCACUUCGAAAUUCAACAACAAAACGAAGAUAUUGAUAUCGAUAUCGAAGAAGAUGAAGAUUCACACCACCGUAAUAUCUUAACCCAAGUUCUUCAACCCGACUCGAAUAGCGUCCGUGAAACCCUAGCAAACGCUAAACCCGAAAGUACCCUCACGCGUCUUGUUUCUUCUUACUUUGAUCACAGUGAAACCACUUCAUAUCUUUGUGUCAUUCUCUUCCGCACAGUUAACCGUGCUCGUGAAAUGUAUAACCCUAUUUUCGAUCUCAUCUCUGUUCUUCCAACCGAUUGUUCUUCUCUUUCUCAACCGCAAUGUGAUACCGCUUAUGAUCUUUUCGUCGAGUUCAAUCUUCAUGAGAAUCCAUUUAUUUUCCCUCAUUUUCAUACCCUAAGGAACAGUUUCUCUGAUCUUAAACAUGAAAUUCAGCUCGAUCGCCGGAAAUGCCGUCACAGAAUUCGUCUAUUCCGUAAUGCUACCAUUGGCUGUGGGGUUUGUGUGCUCGCUACUGUAUCAAUAGGAGUGGUUACUGCUGUAGUUGUUGCCACACAUGCUUUUUCGAUUGGAUUUGCGGCAAUGAUGCCGUAUUGUAUGCCUUUUCAGAAGAGAAGAAAGAGGAAGGAAUUGGCUAGGUUGAAGCAGCUUGAUGCUGCUGAGAGUGGAACUUUUGUUGUGAAUCAUGUUAACACCAUUGAUAGUCUUGUGGAUCGGCUUCAAACUGCGGUUGAAGGCGAUAAGGCUUAUGUUCGGUUCGCGUUGGAGAGAGGAAGAGAUAGACAUCCUAUACAGGAAGUGAUCAAGCAGCUUCGGAAGACGCAGCCGAUUUUUGAACAGUUGCUUAAAGAUCUUGAACAACAUAUAUAUCUCUGCUUUAAUACUGUUAACAAAGCUAGAGAUGCACUGCUCAAAGAGAUAUCACUUCAUCAAACUGUGUAGUAUACUAUUUUUCCGAUGUUGUGAAAUUUAAAUUUAAGGUACGAUUUUAAGAUUUUCUAUCGAUAUAAUUGACUUACAAUAAUAGGUCUUACUAUUAUCUAGACCCUGUUAUUAUGAUGAGAGCUUUAUAGUUUUUUAACGAGAUGAUCACUGAUGAUUUGUGAUGCAUGCAAUUUGUUUAAGCGUGUAACAGUACCACCACUGAUCAACAAUUUGUUUAUAAUUUGUAACAAUAGAUGAUGAUAUAUCUAAAUUGACAUGAUAAUAUUUAGUUAGUA